GUAGCGAAUACGUGAACGCUUUUCAUUUCAGAUUCAAGUAUACAGAAACACAAACAUUUUGUGAGAAUUGUCAAGAGCGAAGGAGGCGUAAUAAAAUAGCGAAAAAUCCUUUAAGGAAACAAUAAAAAUGUUAAGGGAUAAUCUCAUCAUGAUAGACCAAGCGGGAAGUGUUAAUCCGCCACACGCCGACUUCACCGACACUGUAAAGCACGUGGAUGCUGGUGAGCAAAUUGAGAUGCAGGAUGUCGUUGGAGCACCGAACAAUAACAAUAACAAGUACAACAAUAAUAAUGGGCAUAGAGGCCGCAGCGUUAAUGGCGACAGUGGGGCUGGUGCUAGUACUGGCGUAAAUGGUGCUGACAGCCGCCUGGCUAUCACCGAUAUUUCCAGCACACCACCACACACCACAUCGACGCGUAAUAGCUCGGAACGUAGUCUGCCACUGCGUAGCUAUAGCAAAUGGUCGCCCACCGAGCAGGGUGCUACAUUGGUUUGGCGGGAUUUGUGCGUCUAUACGACGGGUGAUCCGAAUGAUGCAAGUGGUGGUGGUGGCUUGCACAAAAUGAAGCGCAUCAUUAACAAUUCGACAGGUGCGGUGCAGCCGGGCAAUCUGAUGGCUUUAAUGGGCUCCAGUGGCUCAGGCAAAACCACACUGAUGUCUACACUCGCUUUCCGUCAACCAGCCGGUACCAUUGUUCAGGGCGAUAUUUUAAUAAACGGCCGUCGCAUUGGUCCAUUUAUGCAUCGCAUUAGCGGAUACGUAUAUCAAGAUGAUUUAUUCAUCGACACAUUAACAGUGCUGGAGCACUUGACAUUCAUGGCACAUCUCCGCUUGGAUCGACGAGUAAGUCGUAGCGAACGUAAGGCAAUCAUAAGUGACCUCUUGGAACGCACCGGUCUAAUGUCGGCGGCGCAUACCCGCAUCGGUUCGGGAGAUGAUAAGAAGAUGUUGUCGGGUGGUGAACGUAAGCGACUCGCUUUUGCCGUCGAGUUGCUAAAUGAUCCGGUCAUCUUGUUUUGCGAUGAACCCACCACCGGUUUGGACUCGUUUAGCGCUCAACAACUAGUACAGACUCUUUACGAUUUGGCUAAGAAGGGUACUACCAUACUGUGUACCAUACAUCAGCCUUCCAGUCAGCUCUUCGAUAUGUUCAACAAUGUUUUACUGCUGGCCGAUGGACGCGUCGCUUUCACUGGUUCACCGCAAAAUGCGCUUAACUUUUUCGCCGAGAAUGGCUAUCACUGCCCGGAGGCUUAUAAUCCGGCUGAUUUUUUGAUUGGUGUGUUAGCCACAGAUCCUGGCUACGAGCAAGCUUCACAGCGUUCGGCGCAAUAUUUGUGUGACAUGUUUGCUGUUAGUGGUGCGGCUAAACAGCGCGACAUGUUGGUCAAUCUGGAGAUUCAUAUGGCGCAGACGGGUGAUUAUCCCUUCGAUACAGAAGUAGAUUCCUUUCAAUCGGCUGCAUGGUACAAGAAAUUCCAUGUCAUUUGGUAUCGUGCCUCGCUUUCAAUGUUACGAGAUCCGACUAUUCAGCGUAUGCGUUUCUUCCAGAAAAUGGCUAUGGCUAUCAUAAUUGGCGCUUGUUUUGCCGGCACUACAACGGUCUCGCAGCUUGGAGUGCAGGCGGUGCAGGGUGCGCUUUUUGUAAUGAUUUCAGAAAACACCUAUCACCCGAUGUACUCGGUUUUGAAUGUAUUUCCACAAGGAUUCCCGCUAUUCUUACGUGAAACACGCUCUGGGAUGUAUUCAACGGCACAGUAUUAUGUUGCUUAUAUAUUGGCCAUGUUGCCCGGCAUGAUUAUUGAACCAUUACUUUUCGUUAUAAUCAGUUAUUGGAUAAGUGGUUUACGCCCAACAUUCUUUGCCUUCAGCAUAACGGCCAUAUCUAUCGUUUUGGUUAUGAAUGUGGCUACCGCUUGCGGUUGCUUCUUUUCCACAGCAUUCAAUUCAGUGCCAUUAGCUAUGGCAUAUUUGGUACCUGUUGAUUACAUUUUCAUGAUAACAUCGGGAAUUUUCAUUAAAAUUAGCACUUUGCCUAUGGCCUUUUACUGGACGCAAUUUCUUUCGUGGAUGCUGUAUGCAAAUGAGGCAAUGACGAUUGCACAGUGGUCUGGUGUCCAAAAUAUAACCUGCUUUGAGGAGAGUGAGGACUUGCCGUGCUUCCAUACCGGUCAGGACGUGCUGGAUAAAUACAGUUUUAACGAGUCGAAUUUAUACAGAAAUUUGCUUGCGAUUUUAGCUAUUUACUUUAUAUUUCACAUUUUGGGCUAUUACUGUCUGUGGCGUCGCGCUAAGAAGAUUUAAUGGACCAUUCUGACAUAAUGCGCUGGAAGGCAAAGUUGAAUGCUUGUUGAUGUCGGUGCGCUGGAGUUGUUUGGUUUUUUAAUAUAGCAUUGCUUGCUAAAUGAAUUUUACCUUUAUUCGUUUAGCAAACUUAUGGUUUUUUAUAUUUACUUAUUUUGUGAAAACUGCCACUUAUGUAUAUUAAUGAGAUUUAUUGUUAUUCAAGACGUAGGCACGAACCAACUGUUCUGCUAUUUUAUUUACAUUUAUGUAAUUGUA